UGUUGCCUUACAGUCCAAAAACGUGCUUGGUUAUUUACUGUCCUGUCUUUAACUCCAUUGAACCCAUUUGAACCUAUACAAAAUUUUUCAUUGACAUGGUAAGAUGAACUAAACUUAUUGUGUUCGGCCCUCUGUUGCGGUACAGUCGUAUUCUCUGAGAACAGCUAAAAGACCAUGUAAACCUGCUUUUCAACCUCAAAUGUCAGGACAGGAGAAAUUAAUGUGUGCAGGAGCAACAGAGCCCCCUAGAGUCAUUAAGCGGGACGUAGCGAAAAGGUUCAUUCCGAAAUAAAAAUAAUAAUAAUAAAAAACUGCCAAAAAAUGUUAACAUUUAUGUCCAAAAGUCAUAAAUGUUUGUAAUAAUGAAAAUAUUUUUGGUGAUUCUUAAGGGGGGGGGAAAAAACCCGGCGAAUUACCCGGAUGUGAACGUCAGGUGUCGGAAACUGUCAGGAGCAGGUUGCACGUGCGGACUGAACAUGAGCAGCAGGCCAGCGGAGACGCAGAGGCCUGAUGAAGGGACGAAAUCAUUUUUACACACUCCACAUUUGUGCUUGGUUUUAGCAGCUAAGCACACCCAGACAGCAGGACCCACAGCAGCUGCUGGAGGAAGGUUGGACCGGUAGCUAAACGGACGGAGCUCAACUCACGGCAAGAGGGAGGAAAGUUCUGGAUCCGCGCUGUUGACCAGCCGGUGUGUCCGUCCGGUUUCACAUUCUGCGCCCCCCUCAAUACCUAGGUUUUUUUUUUUUUUUUUUGUAAAGGUGGUUUCUUAGUUUGGUUCUGUUUGGAGAGUUUGACCAUGGCGGACUACCUGAUCAGCGGGGAGACCAGUUACGUACCGGAGGACGGGCUGACGGGACAGCAGCUGUUCAACUGUGGAGACGGCCUCACAUACAAUGACUUCCUGAUUUUACCUGGCUACAUCGACUUUACGGCUGAACAAGUGGACUUGACAUCAGCGCUCACCAAACGGAUCACCAUGAAGACACCGUUCGUCUCGUCCCCGAUGGACACAGUAACAGAGGCCAACAUGGCCAUCGCCAUGGCGUUAACGGGGGGCAUCGGCUUCAUCCACCACAACUGUACUCCAGAGUUCCAGGCUAAUGAAGUUCGCAAAGUCAAGCGGUACGAGCAGGGCUUCAUCACAGACCCUGUGGUGAUGAGCCCCCAAGAGCGAGUGCGAGACGUCUUCCAAGCCAAGGCGCGCCACGGCUUCUGUGGCAUCCCCAUUACAGACAACGGCAAGAUGGGCGGCAAGCUGGUGGGAAUCAUCUCGUCCAGAGAUAUCGAUUUCCUGAAAGAGGACGACCACAACCUGCCACUAAGUGAGGUGAUGACUAGGGAGGAGGAUUUAGUAGUUGCUCCAGCUGGAGUGACGUUGAAAGAAGCCAAUGAAAUCCUCCAGAGGAGCAAGAAAGGUAAACUUCCCAUCGUGAAUAAGGAGGGCUCCCUGGUGGCCAUCAUUGCGCGUACAGACUUGAAGAAGAACCGGGACUUCCCUCUGGCCUCCAAAGACUCCCGGAAGCAGCUGCUGUGUGGCGCCGCCAUCGGAACCCACAAUGACGACAAGUACAGACUGGACCUGCUGGUGCAGAGCGGCGUGGACGUGGUCGUACUGGACUCGUCUCAGGGCAACUCCGUCUUCCAGAUCAACAUGAUCAAAUACAUUAAAGAAAAGUACCCCAGCUUACAAGUUAUUGGAGGCAAUGUGGUGACUGCGGCUCAGGCCAAGAACCUCAUUGAUGCAGGCGUGGAUGCCCUGAGAGUGGGGAUGGGCAGCGGCUCCAUCUGCAUCACACAGGAAGUGCUGGCGUGCGGCAGACCCCAGGCCACAGCCGUUUAUAAAGUUUCCGAGUACGCCAGACGUUUCUGUGUGCCCGUCAUUGCUGACGGUGGCAUUCAGACUGUUGGGCACAUCGCCAAAGCCCUGGCUCUGGGAGCAUCAACAGUGAUGAUGGGUUCUCUGCUGGCUGCCACCAGCGAAGCUCCUGGUGAAUAUUUCUUUUCCGACGGGAUUCGGUUGAAGAAAUACCGCGGCAUGGGCUCCCUGGACGCCAUGGACAAAAACCUCGGCUCCCAAAACAGAUACUUCAGCGAGAGCGACAAGAUUAAAGUUGCUCAAGGCGUUUCUGGAGCUGUGCAGGACAAAGGCUCCAUCCACAAGUUUGUCCCCUACAUACUGGCUGGCACUCAGCACUCCUGUCAAGACAUCGGCGCCAAAAGCCUCACCCAGCUCAGAGCCCUGAUGUACUCUGGAGAGCUGAAAUUUGAAAAGAGAACAUCAUCAGCUCAGAUAGAGGGCGGAGUCCACAGUCUGCACAGUUACGAAAAACGUCUGUUUUGAGAGGAGCGGCGCGUUCAAGUGGAGAAUCAAGUCCGGCGGAUGACACUACAACCUCUUCCAAGACCUGCUUAGAAUCCUGCAGCCGACUUCAGAUUACACUAAAUCACUACUCUUCCAGAGAUCCAUUAGUCUUCCUUUCAGUGUCAUCUAUGCAUUGUAGGGUGUGUGUGUGUGUGUGUAAUGGAGAAUGUUGCGAAAUUAGCUUUUAUUAAUAGGUGCAUGCAUGAGUUGAAUGAGGAGGGAAGUUCACUCCUAUUGUGAUAUCUCCAUGUUUGUCCAUUUUAAAGCAAAAAAAAAAAAUUAAAGGCCUCAUUGUUUUUCACA